AAAAAAACUGGUCCCCAACCUGCAUCACCACCAGCAUCACCCUCCGCUUUCCGGCUUUCCCUUUCUUUUUUUCAUUUCCAGCUCCCUUCCCAACCCAUUCCACCUCAAUUGGCUUCACGCCGCCGCGGGCAUAUCUGGGACAGCGUUCGACGUUCCCGGGUCCGCGCAUUCGAAUUCUUGCGUUUCUCUCCGCGCGUGUUCAACGCUUUCGCUUUUAAUCCACAUUCAAAAUGCUCGUCCCUGCGAUUCGGAGGCAAGCGCUGCAGCAUGCCAGACUUGCACGCGCUGUUGUUCCCAGCUUAACAAGGUGGUAUGCCUCGUACCCUCCGCAUACCAUCGUCAAAAUGCCGGCGCUGUCGCCGACCAUGACAUCGGGUAAUAUUGGCGCAUGGCAGAAGAAGGUUGGCGAAUUGAUCUCACCCGGCGAGGUGCUCGUCGAGAUCGAGACCGAUAAAGCUCAGAUGGACUUUGAGUUCCAGGAGGAGGGUGUUCUGGCCAAGAUCCUCAAGGAGACCGGAGAGAAGGACGUCGCGGUGGGCAAUCCAAUUGCCGUUCUCGUCGAGGAAGGGACCGAUGUGAGCGCCUUUGAGAAUUUCUCGCUCCAGGAUGCUGGCGGUGAAGCUGCUCCCGCGCCAGCGAAGAAAGAAGAGCCAAAGUCUGAGUCUGCUCCGACCCCGGCCCCGGCCCCGACCCCUGCCUCCGAGCCCGAGGAUACCGGACUUGGCGGCAAGCUCGAGACCGCCCUCGACCGCGAGCCCAACAUUUCGGCCGCUGCUAAGAGACUCGCCAUCGAGAAUGGCGUGCCGCUGAAGAGCUUGAAGGGAACUGGUCCUGGCGGCAAGAUCACCGAGGAGGAUGUUAAGAAGGCGUUGUCCACUCCCGCUGCAACCGCCACUGCCGCCGUCUCGGGUGCUUCGUACGAGGACAUUCCCAUCAGCGGCAUGCGCAAGACCAUCGCGUCGCGUCUGAAGGAGUCCGUCUCGGAGAAUCCCCACUACUUCGUCACCUCGACCGUUUCCGUCUCCAAGCUGCUGAAGCUCCGUCAAGCCCUGAACAGCAGCGCCGAGGGCAAGUAUAAGCUCUCAGUCAAUGACUUCCUCAUCAAGGCCAUGGCGGUGGCUUGCAAGAAGGUCCCGGCCGUCAACAGCUCUUGGCGCGAUGGUGUCAUCCGCCAGUUCAACACAGUUGACGUUUCGGUUGCCGUGUCGACCCCUAGCGGCCUAAUCACCCCCAUCGUCAAGGGCGUCGAGGGCAAGGGCCUCGAGAGCAUCUCGGCCACCGUCAAGGAGCUCGCUAAAAAGGCUCGCGACAACAAGCUCAAGCCCGAGGAGUACCAGGGAGGUACCAUUAGCAUCUCCAACAUGGGCAUGAACCCCGCCGUUGAGCGCUUCACCGCUGUUAUCAACCCCCCACAGGCGGCCAUCCUGGCAGUCGGCAGCACAAAGAAGGUCGCUGUCCCGGCUGAGAACGAGGAUGGCACGACCGGUGUUGAGUGGGAUGACCAGAUUGUUCUCACUGGCAGCUUCGAUCACAAGGUCAUUGACGGUGCGGUUGGUGCCGAGUGGAUGCGCGAGCUUAAGAAGGUUAUCGAGAACCCUCUUGAGCUACUUCUCUAGAGGUCUCCUCUGAUCAGGGAUCUUGUUACGAAGAAGGCAAGAGUGGAUGAAGCGCUGGGGGUGGGGCGUGAGGAGUGAUCUGGACCCCGACCCUGAUAGCCCUUGAUAGAAAGACCCGGGAAUCUGGUGCAAGGAGAGGAGGUGGUUGUGUGGGAAAGUUUACACAGUCAACCGUUCCUGUGGCAUGCCGUACCUGGAUGAGUCUUGGGCACGGCCAACCACAAGAACCUACGGAUAAGUGGUUCAAGUUGGAAUGACCACUCCGGCGCAGUUCUACAUCUCGGUGCUGGGAAUACAGGAUCUCCUUUGUCUUGUUAUUUGUACAUUGUCCUCAUAUUAAUCAUGGUCAGGGUUGUUUAAUCGAGCAUGGAGUUAUGGCCGCGUCCUAGAAGCCUCGUCCUAGAAGACUCGUCACUUGUGGGCCUGCAUAGCUACGGUCGACUUGGCCAUGAAAUAAAGAGCAAU